AUGUCCUUAAAAGAAAGGAGGCACGUCCUUCUCACAUCUUCCACCAGCCUGGUAACAGAACAGUUCAGCAACAACUUGGACCAUGAGGUGGAAGAUAGAAACACUGGUGAAAUGUCAUCAAAUUCGACUUCUCCUGCACUGGUAAGAUCAUCCUCUUCUACUCAGUCAACUAAGAGCAAUACUGAUAAGUGUCUUUCAGUCAACAGUCAAUGGGAUAUUAAUCUCCAAAACUCGAUAGCCAUGCAGAGGAAACUAUUUGUAAACCUCAGCAUCAUGGAAUACAAUCUGGCUUAA